AUGCAGAUAUUCGUGAAAACGUUAACAGGCAAAACAGUAACACUCGAGGUUGAACCGAGCGAUUCCAUUGACAAUGUCAAGGCUAAAAUUCAGGACGAGGAAGGAAUCCCGUCGUCGGAUCAACAACGUUUGAUUUUUGCCGGGAAACAGCUUGAAGAUGGUCGUCGGACUCUUGCCGAUUACAACAUUCAAAAAGUGUGUACUUUGCAUUUGGUUCUGAGGCUGAGGGGCGGUCGCAUCUACUGUCCAUAUGACCCAUCUCUCAUGCAGUUGGCUCGUAAAUAUAUUCUCGACAAGCAAAUUUGCCGCAAAUGCUAUGCCCGGCUGCCCCCACGGGCCACCAAUUGUAGGAAGAAAAAAUGUGGGCACAGUAAUCAGAUGUGUUACCCCUUGAGUUCCGGUUUGGAAGAUGGCCGUAAGCUGGCGGUAGCCACCACGGAAGAGGCGGCAAGAGGGCGGCAGCUGGUUCAUGGAGGUGGUCGAAUUGGCCGGAUUGCAAAGGUAUGUGUGUGCUCGCCCACCAACCACCCUGGUUCGUUCAGGUGCAGGUAUCACCAUGGGGAGUACCAGUGGAUUACCAAUAGGCCGGUAGCUAAGUCUUAG